GCGGGCUGACAGAACUCCGACGUUGUCCUUGACAGGAAGCUAAGAUGGCGGCCGCCGCAGUCAGGAGCUUGGGCUCUAGUUUAGGAAAAAACCUUCGAGAGAUCCGCGUCCACCUCUGCCAGACCUCCGCGGCCAGUAAAGGGGCCAGAGACUUUGUGGAGCAGCACUAUGUGACUCUGAAGAAAUCCAACCCAGAAUUCCCGAUCUUGAUCAGAGAGUGUUCUGGAGUCCAGGCCCGACUCUGGGCCAGAUACGAUUUCGGUAAAGAGAGCAGUGUCUCUGUGGACAACAUGUCAGCUGAUCAAGUAGCCAAAGCUCUGCAGACUUUGGUUCAGUCCAAACCUUAACACCCCCACAUCCAGGAUGGUCUCACCUACUUCCUUCCUUCAUUGUCUGUAAAUGUGUUGAUGUGAAUAAACAUGAAAGUUGUUAAUGUCA